GACGAAAUAGGAGUUUGUUCACGAUUAUAAGAAGCGGUCGAUUGCCAGGACAAGAGACUAUCUCAUCAUCACAAUUCAACCCAACAACUUCAUUACCUCUGCAACCUUCUACUAUCUCAAGCACUUUAGCAAAAAUCCAAAUCAUUAAAAAUGAGCUCUGAAAAGUACCUCGCCGGCAAGACUGCCAUCGUCACUGGUUCCUCUAAGCUCAACGGCAUCGGUGCCGCCACUGCCUUAGCCCUCGCCAAGCAUGGAGCCAACAUCGUUGUUCACUAUGCAACCAGUGCCGAACCCGCUGAGAAAGUCGUUGCUCAGAUCAAAGAACUCGGCGCCCAAGCCAUCGCCGCUAAAGCAGAUGCAUCAUCCGAAUCCUUCGGCACCGAUCUCGUUGGCGCAGCUCUAGACGGUCUUAAGACCAAGACCAUCGAUAUCGUCAUCAACAACGCAGGCAUCGCAUUCGGACACCCUGAAAUUGCAGCCAUCGAGACUGAGUCUUGGGAUAAAAUGUUUCACGCCAACGUUCGGGGACCUUUCCUUCUCGUCCAGGCAGCACUUCCUCACAUGCCCAGCGGAGGACGUAUCGUCAACAUCGGUAGCAUCGCGGGAAAGCUGGGUAUUACCCCCCUGACGGUGUAUGGCUCGUCCAAAGCUGCUUUGCAUUUCAUGUCUACUGCGAUGGCGGGUGAGCUUGCUAGCAAGGGAAUCACUAUCAACGUCGUUUCUCCCGGACCUGUUGCCACCGAUAUGAGUAUGGAGGGUAACCCCAUUGGUGAUAUACUGAGAUCUCACCAAUCUAUUGCUAGGGAGGGUGAGCCGAAGGAGAUUGCUGAUGUUAUCUCUUUUAUCGCUAGCCCUGCCUCAAGCUUUAUUACCGGACAGGUUAUUCCCGUUGAUGGAGGUAUCAACAUGCCUUAAGUGACCAGAUGGGCUUUCAUGUAGAUAUUACUGCAUAGAUAUUUGCUUUGAGAAUAGACUUUGGAAAAUCGGCCUUCAA